GACGAAAUUUACAGCAUAACCCUGUUGGUUGUAAUUUCGAUCACUCAUCAAUCACCGACAAUUGAAACGAGAAUGAGAAUCAUGAAUUUAUGAAAGUAUGAAGAAAGUUUCUUGCGAUCCGAACAAAAAAAGAAAGUACUCAAAAUAAUUACAAUUUAGAUUUUGGAAUUGGACUUCUGCUAAUGGGUACAUACGACUAGAGUCUAGACGAGACGAGACUUCAAAGAACACAAAACAACUUUAAUGACAGGAAUGUCACCACAAGUAAUAUUACUUUUCAGUGGUAAGAGAAAAUGUGGCAAAGAUUUUUUGACCAAUCGCUUAAAAGAAAAAUUUGGUGAAACAUGUGAAAUAAUAAGAAUAUCUGAGCCAAUCAAGAGUCACUGGGCCAAAGAGAAUAAUCUAAACCUGAAUGAGUUGCUGAGUGACGGUGAAUACAAAGAGUUCUACAGAUUAGCUAUGAUCAAAUGGAGUGAUGAGAUGAGGGAAAAGGAUUAUGGUUGCUUUUGUAGAACUGCUUGUGGAAAUGUUAUAUUAAUUACAGCACUAGUCAAACCAAUAUGGAUAGUCAGUGACAUACGACGCACAACAGACAUCCAGUGGUUCAAGGAAACUUAUGGAGAACUUGUAAAGACUAUAAGAUUAACAGCUGAUGAGGACACUCGGAUAGAAAGAGGCUUUCAGUUUAAGUGUGGUGUAGAUGAUGUUGCCUCUGAGUGUGGCUUAGAUAAUUAUAACGAAUGGAAUCUUGUUAUAAAUAAUGGGAAGGGAAAGCAAUCGUUAGAGGAACAAUUGAGUAGAAUUGCAGAGUUAAUACCUGUUUUAUGAUUUUUGUUCUUCCAUAUUAGAAGAACAAUGGUGACUUAGAGUUUUAUUUAUCAAAUAGAUAACUUGACUAUUUAAUUAGUUUUGUGUGUGGUGACAGAUUUAGUAAAUUAGGAUUGCAAUAUAUUUAUUUCGUGGAGCUUCACCCCUUUUGUUGCAUGAAUUUUUUACAGGUUUCAACAGUCAAAAUUGAUUUACUUGCUCUGUUUACAAAUACUUCAAAAGUAGUUGCUUAAAUCCAUACUAUCAUUGUAAA